AUGGCCGCCUCCAGCAGCCGGAGCUUCGCCGAGGUGCAGCGCCGCGUCUCCGGCGUGCAUCGCGGAACCGACCCGGAGCAGCAACUCCGCUUUUACGACGGCUGGGCCCCGGAGUACGAGCAGGACGUGACCAUAUUGCACUACCAAGCCCCCAGGUUGGCGGCUUCCUGUCUGGCCUCUGCGAUCCAGGGACCCCUCGCAGAUGCUCUGGUACUCGAUGUCGCUUGUGGCACAGGGCUUGUGGCCCAGGAGCUGCAGGCCAAGGGCUUCUGCCGCUUCCACGGCCUGGAUGGAAGCCAAGGGAUGUUGGAAAGCGCACGCCGGAAGGGGCUGUACCAGGAGCUGAAGCAGUGCGUGCUGGGCCAGGAAGCCUUGCCCGCAUCCUCAGGCUUCUACGAUGCCGUUCUGAUCGUGGGGGCUCUCAGCGAAGGGCAGGUGCCCACCAGUGUCGUCCCAGAGCUGCUUCGUGUCGCCAAACCAGGGGGCUUUCUGUGCCUGACCACGCGGAGCAACCGAAGCAACUUGCGGUACAAGAGCCAGAUGCAGCAGCUGCUGGAUGACCUGGAGCAGCGAGGACUGUGGGAAAAGGUCAAGGUGCAAGAAGUCGAACGGUGGGAGAGGGCGACGUCGGAGCAGGAAGCCAUGGAGGGCUCGGACUACAUUUCUGGGGUGGUCUAUCUGUACAGGAAGGCUCAGACUGUCGGCUUUUGA